AUGUCUUCCAUCGUUCUCGACCACACGGCUCACAUUCUAGACACUGUCAUCGCCCACCGAAGCUGGGAUGCCUUCUUCGCCAUGCGCGCCACCUGCUCGACAGUCAGCGACAAGAUCAUCGCCAUCAUGUACCGGCACAUCGUGGUCGACGUCAACGAGAGCGACGACACUCACGUCCUCAUCCGCGACCCGUACCACCUCAAGCCCCUCAUCCACCUCUACCGCUACUCCACCCUCUACUCGUUCAGUUUCACCCUCGGGGACGCACUGGAGCGUCUGAAGAAGCACAUCCGCAUCGUCGACUACAACGGUGUCAAGCCCGCCGAUCAAACCUGGCCCCUUCUCGACGCCCUUGGAACUGUGACAGCCAGCGCCCCCAGCACGAGGGCGCCAUUCUCCGAGGGCCUCACCGACCAGUAUGUGCUCCCACCACACCACCAGAUGACGGUUGUGAUGGCUAUCCACAAUGAUCGAACGUUUCACUGA